AUGAUUGAUGAGAAUCUACCGACGUUCUUCCUCAAGAACAACUCACAAAACACCAACCAGAGUACAAUCUUCCAUCGUCAACAUGGAAACGAGCCGGAGCCGGCGUACAACCUGCGUUAUUUGGACCCCAAGCUCCCCACGUCUCGGAACCGCUACGGCGUCGCCCUCUACGAUCCCUACGUGCCAGACGUCGUGUUUGGCGAAGUCGCCGUGAUUCCCGAAUGGACACAGCCUAAUCUGUCGGCCGAUACGAUUCGUGCCAAUGGUGGCACUGCACCUCUCCCGGAGCCCAUUCUCCCUAGCGAAUUCUCCAUCCACUUGUACAAUCCGGACCAGCAGAUCGUGAUCAAACACCAGCCAAAGACAUGGAACAAGCCUGCACGAUGGGAAUUCGAGAUGCCACAGCGGACAUUCAGAGUCCCCUCUGCAUCGACCCUCGAUCGGAUACAAAGUGACCCCUCUGUAGCGGAUGUAACUCCAAAGCUACGGUUUAGCUGGCGCAAGGAUGGAAAGCUGUCCAAGGACCUGACUUGUCUGUUGCACGGCAAAUCCUCUACGAUCCCAGACACUCGCACCAAGACCCGUGAACCGGAUAUCACCGUAGCCCUGUUUCAAGGUCUCCGCGAGCUAACGCUCUACGAGCCGAACCUCUACCGGGUGGACAUGGAAGACUUCAAAGGGCUAGAGGUAGUCCUCUUGCUUACAGCAGUCGCCAUCCGGGAUAUCUUCUUCGGUCCCGCCAAAGAAGCCUUCCACAUCGUCGCUGGCGCUCCUCCGAUCGGGACCAGCAAGCCCCAGACUGCAGCAGUCCCAGGCCGAAAAAGUCCCGCAACCCAGUCACAACCCUCAGCCGUCGCCGUGGCAAACCGCAAGCCCUCUCCACCACGCCUGACUAUUCCGCAGACCCAACAAGCAGUACCGCAACCACAACUACAGCCACGACCACAAUCACAACCACAAUCGCAACCACGCCCGCGCCAAGACGCCCAAGCAAGGAAAGAAGCCCAACGUACGGCGGAACUCCUCGCAGCCGAGAAACGUGCCCAAGAAAAAGCCCAACGCAAACGCCAAUCCGAAAUUGACGCCGAAACAAAACGUCUCCAAAAGCUAUACGGCCACGAGGAACAGCGAGUCCGGGCUAGCGCACAAGCAAACGCAAACGCAAACGCAAACGCAAAUGCAAAUACACCAGUUCCCGCCCCGUCAUCCCGCCCAAACCUUCCAGCCCGCCAUACGGGACCAUCAAGACCAUACUCGCAUCAUUACUCGCAAUCCUAUUCCUACUUGCCUCACCAAAAGCCGCAACACCAACCUCAACACCAACCACGCCCAUCCCGCGUGGCGCCUACCUUUGCGAGUGGCCCAUACAUGCACGGCUCCGCUGGGGGUCGUCUCGAUCCUCGUGCACAAUCUACAAUGCACCUGAUGCAGUCGAGGCCACAGCAGGCAAGACCACAGUCAACGGUGGGCUUUUAUCAAGUUGCAAGCGGUGGCGCCGCACCGGGAGUGCGACCACAGCAGCCGCAGCCGCAACCGCAAACUCUAGCCCCGAAGAAGAGUAGUUUCUUUGGAUUCAUGCGAAACAAGGAAGAAGGCGGGGACAAGCAGAGGAACCGGUUGGAUAAAAAGCGGAGUUCAAUGUUUUGA